AUGUUCGGUUCGGGGAAAUCUACCUCGUCGGACAAUGGUAGUAAAGACGAGAUAGUCCUCCUCCCUGUCCAGUCCAAAGCCAUCCUUCGUGUCACAGAAAUCGAGACAAAGGUACACGACCCAGAAGGAAACCAAGUCCCUGUCCAAGAUGCAUCCACCACCUUCGACCUUCCAGAUAACCACCCCAACAAGAAUGCUGUCGAGAUAUUAUGGCUUCCUCGUGGAUCACACAGCUCCGACGACACAGGCGAGAAAGUGCGUCGUGCGCUUAAUAAUGAAAAGGACAUGACCAUCAUAGGCUGCUGUAAACAAUUCCCCAAAGCUAUCUUCUGGUCUCUACUUCUUUUCCUCACUGUUGUCAUGGAGGGGUACGACAAGAGUCUUGUUGCUGGCUUUGUUGCUUUCCCUGCCUUUCGAGAACGCUAUGGCGAGUUGUUUGAGACGCCAACGGGGCCAAUCUACGAGAUCUCACCGCUUUGGCAGACAGCAUUGCAAGUAUCUGCCAUUGCUUGUGAAGUCAUUGGUCUGUUGUUGCAUGGAUGGAUCACAUACAGUAUUGGGUACAAGAAGAUGAUGCUUAUCAGUCUUGCUUGGAUGUGUAUGGCCGUCUUUCCGGCUUUCUUUGCACACAACAUUGCUGUACUGGUUGCUUCUCAGGCUCUUUGUGGUAUCUCUUGGGGUGUCAUUCAAACACUGGCAGCCACAUAUGCUGCCGAGGUUGUACCAUCAGCCAUCCGUGCCUGUCUUCUCAGCAAUGUCAACAUGUGUUGGGUCAUCGGUCAACUGCUUGGUACUGGUGUCUUGCGAUCCCUCGUCCACAACGAUUCUGAGUGGUCCUACCGUUUACCCUUCGCCCUUCAAUGGGCCUUUGCCAUCCCUCUUCUUAUUGGCAUCAUGUUUGCUCCUGAGAGUCCUUGGUGGCUUAUCCGCCGUGAACGUAAGGUUGAGGCCAGACAUGCUCUUCAGCGUCUCACCAAGCAAUCCCAGCUUGACAUUGAUGAUACCAUUGCUGUCAUGGAACACACCAACCGUAUCGAACGUAAGCUCAACUACGGCGGUUCAAGCUACAUGGACCUGUUCAAAGGCGCCAACCUUCGCCGUACUGAGAUCUCGUGCAUGGUCUGGUCUGUCCAGGCUCUUUGCGGUUGGAUCCUAACUGGCUAUGCACCUUACUUCCUCGAACAAGCUGGAUUUGACUCUUCUCAUUCAUUCAGCUUGUCCACUGGCAUGUAUGGAAUGGCUUUGGUCGGAGGUAUCAUCUCUUGGUUCCUGUUGUCUCACAUCGGUCGUCGAAAACUAUAUCUCACUGGCCUCGCUGCUGCCGUCGUCAUGCUCACCGCUGGUGGUAUUGUAUCUGUGGUCCUCGACGGUCAAAAGGGCCUCAACUGGUCACUUGGAGCAAUUCUCAUCACAACAACCUUUCUUUACAAUCUGAGCAUCGGUCCAACAUGCUAUGUCAUCGUUGCCGAGAUUCCCUCUACCCGUCUGCGCGUCAAAACCAUUGCUCUCGCGCGCGUUGUUUACAACAUCUUCAUGAUCAUCAAUAAUGUGAUCGUCCCUCAGAUGCUGAACCCAACAGCAUGGAAUAUGCAGGGCAAGUCAUGUUUUGUUUAUGCGGCCACCGCUUUCCUUUGUUUCUUGUACUGCUAUUUCCGUCUUCCAGAGACUCAAGGCCUUUCUUACCUUGAGCUGGACAUGUUGUUUGAGAAGGGCGCGCCAACGGCCAAGUUUAAGGAGCUGCAGCAGAGGUUGGCUAACUCGGCUUACCUGACUGUGGAUAGAGCCGAGCGCAUGAGGAAUGCUUGGCAUGGAUGGCUCACUUACUCUUAA